UCAAUUAGAGUGUAAAAACGUUACGCUCCACGGAAAACAAACGGAAUCGUCAGAAACGCCAGAAAUCAUCCGUAUCCGCCGUCAUCAGACAUCCGUUCGCAGGAUACAACCAAAAUAAUAUAUAUAUAUAUAUAUACACAGUCUCACAACGAAUACGAUAAAGCAAUUGCAGGAAACUAGCCAAAAACGUGGAAAUUCCCCGUAAUUGUGGAUUUUCAAGUGCUACGAUUGAAAAUUCGCAAGUGCAAUGUGAAAGUCAGCUUAUACGACAGCUGAAUGUGUCCGUGUGUGUGUGCUAGUGAGUGAGAGUGUGCGUGGGUGUGCAGGAGUGUGUAAAUGUAAAUACCACGAAAAUCGCUGAACGCCGAAAAAUAAAGCACAAGGAAGAAGGAGUAGGAGGAGGAGAGGAGAGGAUAGCAGGAAUCAGAAAUCAGCGAGGACGAAGCCAGAGGCAGUUGAAGAAGAAGCAAAAGAGAAGCAGGAGCAACAGCAACAGCAACAGCAACCGUGCUGACGCCGUAGGAGCAGCUGGGUGGGACAAGGACUGGUAGCAGGAACAGGAGCAACAGUCGCGGAGGCAACGUCGAGACGCAUGCACGCUCCAUGCUCGCUGCUGGCUGAUGGCCAAAGGACUCCACGGAAUCGCAUACGGAACUGGGACUCCAGAGAAAGUAGCACUACCAGCAGCGGCAAUAGCAGCAGUCGAACUCAAUUGAAUUGAGAGCCGAAAAAAAAGAGGAACCCUUCGUCGCAUCAAGCAUACGCCCCAUUGCGCACACCUGUGGACAGAGUGCAGCAUGUCAACUUCAAAGCAUCACCAUUACCGAGUCCUCUGCGUGUGGCUCCUUCUCCUGCUAUCAACAUCAUCAUCGGCCAGCGCCGCAGUGAGUGCGAUUGCAGAGCCAGAGGAGGCGGCCUUUCAAGGCCACUGCGGACACACCAGCCCCUGUGAGCAACUAUGCUACGAGAUCCACGAUGGAAUGUACGAGUGCGACUGCAUCGAGGGCUAUGAGCUGAACAAGAACGGUUACAGCUGUCAAGUAAUUAACGCCACUGCCAAUGGUUUGGAUGGGCGUGGCAAAUCGGACGAGGAUGUUCUCUACCAGAAGGGCGCCUCGUUCAGUGCCAAGUUGGCUAAUGACGAUGGUGGCAAGACGAUGGCCAAGUCUCCGUUCGUAGGAUCUGCAUCGCAAUCCAACUCGCCUUCGGGCAACGGAAACGGUGAGGAUGAGUCUGGGUCAGAAAGCGACAGCUACGAUUAUGGCGAGCUGGAGGACAGCAAUUCGGAGACACAGGAGCAGAAGCAGCAAUCGCUGAAUCUUCAGCAACAGCAACAGAAAGUCAAUUCAAACGAUUACUACAUAUCAGCGGAGAGCAUCAACUUCAAUUCGGAGUCCGAGGGCCAGGAGCAGGAUGUGGCCGACUUCAAGGCGGCCAGCACCAUGCCUCCCACACCCUCAGUGCCGCCGACUUCCAGCAGAAGCACUACAAAAGCAACCACCACAACAACCAGAAGAUCCCCAACGGCAACUGGAGCCACCAGGGUUAACCAAAACCAAGUGGAUAUGGAUUACGGGGAGAGUGAUGGCAGUGAUGACUACAGCUACAGCUAUAAGUCGGACAUGUCCGUCUACGACGAUGUCAACAAUAAUCAAUUAAACUUAAGACGCAACAGCAAAUCGCAAACAUAUCAGCAGACAAGCAAUACUAACACAGCCAAGAACAGGAGGAAGAACACAAACGUAACCAGCAAUAAGGUUCAAAUGCAUAUCACAAGGGAGACCAACCGACUUGGCAACAUAUCAGCAGCGGAGCAGAUUGGAGUGGGAACAACCAUGACAACAGACAGUUUAAUCAACUUAUCCAACUGCAGCAGCACUCCCACAUGUAAUCUGGAUUGCGGUUCCGAUGGUAUCUGUGCCUUGGAAGCCACUGCCGCCAGCUCACGAUGUCUUUGUCCAUUUGGUAAAACGGGCACUGGCUGCCAGGAAGAUAUUCGAGCCCAUGUGCCUCGUUUCGCCAAGCGAUCCUGGCUAGCAUUUCCCGCUCUCCAUGGCGCCUACAAGCACGUUCAACUGCGCAUCGAAUUCCGUCCAGAGUCUUUUGACGGCAUUAUCCUAUUGAGCGGGGAGCGCGAUGACCUCACCGGAGACUUUAUGGCUCUUUUACUAAACAAGGGAUUCGUGGAGUUCUGGUUUGACUGCGGUUCCGGCGUGGGCAGCGUCAGAUCUCGCGAGACCAUCUUGUUAAAUGAAUGGAACUCCGUGAUCAUCUAUCGUCAUCGAUGGGAUGCCUGGCUGGUGCUCAAUCAUGGCACAAAAGUCCAGGGCAGAUCGAAUGGUUUAUUCUCACGCAUUACCUUCCGGGAACCAGUCUUCCUGGGUGGAAUAGGUAACAUCACUGGAUUGGCCAAGCGACUGCCCCUAGCCGAGGGCUUCGCCGGCUGCAUUCGUCGCUUUGUAGCCAACGAACAUGAUUACAAGUUCACAGAACACCCUCUGGGUGAUGUCAUCAAUGGAUUUGAUAUACAGGACUGUUCCACGGACAAGUGCGUGAGAUAUCCUUGCCAGCAUGGUGGCAAGUGCCUGCCGUCAGAUCAGGGCGCUAUAUGCCUGUGUCCCAUUGGAUUCGUUGGAGAUCUUUGCGAGAUUCGAAUGGACCUACAGGUUCCCGCCUUUAAUGGUUCAUCGUUCCUACGCUAUGCUCCACUGGGCGAUACAGCGCUCAUCUGGUUAGAGCUUAAGGUAACCCUAAAGCCCGAACAGGCAGACGGUUUGAUUCUUUACUCAGGUCCAGAACAUCGAGGAGACUUCAUAGCCCUCUACCUAAGCGAUGGCUUUGUAGAGUUUGCCUUUGAUCUCGGUAGUGGUCCAGCUUUAGUGAGGAGCGAGCAUUCCCUCAGUCUAGGUCAAUGGCACACAAUUAAGAUCUCCCGAACAGCUAGACUGGCAGUGCUCAAGGUGGAUCAGCACCAGGAGGUUAUGACUAUCUCGUCGAACGGCUUCUGGCACUUGUCAUUGGACCAGAAUCUCUUUGUGGGAGGCGUGAACCACGUGGAUCGCCUUCCUCUGGACCUUAAGUACAAACCCUUCUUCGUUGGCUGCAUCCAGAGGAUUGACAUCAAUGGCCACUCGCUGGGCAUUGUGGCGGAGGCUUUGGGUGGCAGCAACAUCGGCAACUGCCCUCACGCCUGUGUGGCGCGACCCUGCGGCCCCCUGGCGGAGUGUGUGCCGCAAAUGGAGAGCUACGAGUGCCGCUGCAGCAUCCACAACGAGCGCUGCAACAAGGCCGCCGAGGUGCCGCCCGAGCAACUGCCCGAACUGGCUCUUCACAAGUCCAAGGUCCUUGAGUCGAAGGACAAUGGUGAGGCAGUGAAGAAGGUGUCUGGUUUGGUGCACAAGAAGCAUUCCAAGAAGCACAGGAAUUUGCAUAAGCCAACCCCUGCCACGAGCACGAGCACAAGCACAAGCACCUCAACCUCCACCACAACCACUGAAGCUCCUGAGAGGUCGGAGGAAGCCACUGCUGGGGCGCUAAGCAACGAGGAAAUCGAAGAUGAUAUCAUAUUCCGUUUUGUGCAGCAGCAACAACAGCAAAGAGAGCUCAAGAAGCAUAGGCAGCAGACGUCUACUACAGCCUCUUCCACUUCGACCUCCACUGCCUCGCCUAAACCAAAACCAAGGCUUUCAGGGAAGCACCACACCAGCAAGCAUGAGCACCAUCAGAAGCCAAACGCAGCAUUCACCCACAAGCUGAGUCGCCUGCCCACCCACUAUGAGAGUUUCCAGACGAACCCCGACAGCGACAUCCUUACCUUCGACGAUAACAACGACUGGGUGGCCAGUCUGCAGCAGCAGGAGUAUGGCGAUGCCAUGGCGGCCAGUCAGGCGCCAUUGGCCUUUGAGGAUGGAAACCCUGGUAACCCCAAGUCGAACGAAAACAACGAUGAUGAUGAGGACGCCUUUGUGUUUGAUGAGUCUCUGUUCGACCCCUCGGACGGCACAGAGGAGUACCAACGCAAGCAGCUGGCUCAGGACAUGAAGCGCAUCAUGUCCAACUCGAAUACGCACUCUAGCCACAAGAAGGCUGAGGUCCAGUUCCCAUCGCAGCCAAAUCAAGACGAGGGUUCUCCCAACGAUGAUACUUCUCAGUACAGCGAUGAUUACAACGAUGAUGAGCUUUUGACACCUGUUAUGCAGGCCGGAGAAGAAGUUAAGACAGAUCAGCAUGUAUCCAGCACACCACAGACCCACACCGAUUGGAGUCUUCUGAAGAAGAUCGACCUAUCCGCUGAACAUCAAUCGCAAGUUCAAGGAGUUCGAAAGAAUUUCGGAGCUUGCUUCGCUGGCAGUGACAGCUAUUUCCACUACAACGACGCGGACACCAUGAGCCAGGUGAUCAGCUACAGCAUCGACCUCAACCUGCGUAUUAAGACGCAUUCGGAAAACGGCGUGAUCCUGUGGACAGGUCGCCAGGGAACGACGGAGGAACACGAUGACUAUCUUUCGUUGGGCAUCGAACAAGGGUACUUGCACUUCAGAUAUGAUUUGGGAUCUGGUGAGGUUGACAUACGCUUUAAUGGCACCAAGGUCAGCGAUGGCCUGUGGCAUCGCGUAAGAGCUAUAAGGAACUCUCAAGAGGGCUAUCUAGAGGUAGAUGGAAGAAAGACAGCCACACUACGAGCCCCUGGAAAACUCCGUCAGCUUAAUACAGACACGGGCCUGUAUGUGGGUGGAAUGCCCGAUGUGGGAUACUUUACGCACCAGCGCUACUUCAGCGGCAUUGUCGGCUGCAUCUCGGAGAUCGUUUUAGCCGGCGAAAUGAAACUGAACUUCGACCCGAAUACGCUGGGAACGGAGCACAACGUGGAGACGGGCCUCCUAUGAAACACUGCACGCACGCCUCAAGACUUUUGAUAUCAACUAGUUUAAAUGUUAUGUUAACCACACAAAUGUCCUUCGUCGGUUUGUGUUUGUACAAAUACGCUUUUAAAACGAAAACAGAGAGAGAAAACGCAGAGUUGGAAGGGUGAGGAACAUUUUUUUACACCAGAAGACGGAGGAGUGACGAACUAAAUCUAGAAGGGAAACAUACUACAUAUUAUAUACAAGCAUAUUGAGUAUAUAUACAAAGGCAUACAUAGGUAUAUAUAUAUAUAUUUAAAGCAGAGGAAACCAAAUCCAAAAAAAACCAAGGCACGCUUCUUAUAGAGCCUGUGACUGUCAAUACUUCAGAUCGGAAUAGUUUAUAUAUAACUUUAGCAAAGGAUUUAUAUCAGAGAAGUAUGUCAUAUAGAAUAUGAAACAAGUGCAGAAGAAUCUGAGUAACCAAGCUGUCCAUUUGGCGCGAUUUGCUAUUGGCGAAUUAACGAAAUUGACAAAUUACGAAUAUCGAUAGCGAUACUUUAGUGUGUGGUCGCUUUUUUGAACGAACCGUUACGCUUUAAAUGCAAAGCUGCCAUCUUUUUGUACCACACACACACAGACAAAAAUAACAUGUACACUAACACGCACUCGACUAACACGGUAACAAAUGCAUAUUGGCAAUUCUUUCGUUCUUCGCAUUGCUGUACCUUAAACUAUGAACUGUAAACUGUAUAACUGUACAUUCUGUACUAUUUGGCGCUUCUUGGAAGGUCUAGUCCAAAAUCGAACGAAUCAAAGACCGUUAGGUGGGAGGAUGGUUAGAUGGUAGACGAGAUGAAAGAAAUAGGAGGCGAUGAGAGCUAGAAGAAGAAACAAACAUAUUAAGUGGUAAGUUAAUAAAUGUGUAGCGUGUAUUAGCUCGUAAGUCGGCACACUCGUACACACACAUAUACACAGAGUCACACAAACACAAACACAUGCCUGCCUAUAUUAACUUUUAUAUCAAAAUCGUAAGAUACUAAAGACACCAAAGAAACUUAAGACAUACGUAAGGACACCAAAAAACACACAAACAAACACUUGAAAACACGCUGAACCAGAAUUGAAACUUGUGAGCGAUUUUUAACAAUUUAUACUAAUACAAUACAUACACAACAACAACAAACAGAAACAACAACAAGAACAAACUCAAAAACUAGCUAAUGGAAAACAAACCAAAAACGAAAGCAAAGCAAUUUAACAAUCCCAUAGCGAAAUUUUAAAAUGCGAAACAAACAACUAAUCCGAAUAGCCUGUUGAAACAAUUGUAAAAGAGCGAACAAAGUAUGGUAAUAAUGGUAAAUUAAAAUUAACUAAGGAGGGAAAACGUUUGUAUUCGUCUUAUGAGUAUAAUUUUGUAGCUUAAUGAGAUAACAACCACGUAUGUAGUUAUAUAUACAUCAUAAACACAUAUGCGUAACUAUAUAUGACUAUGAGAAACUAUAGAAACAAUGGCGUAAAAUGAAUAAAGAAAUCACAACCACCAAUCAAUGUAAAACUAAAUUAAACGACAUUCAAUGUAGCUUAUUUAUAUGACAAAUGGAAGUCGAGGCAUUGAGAUAUUUAAUUUCGUACAUUGGUUUGCAGAAAAUAAAGAUAAAAAGAUUCUAAA